AUGUAUUCCAAGAACCACAAUACAACAAGAACCAGUUCGCCCGUUCCGUCUACUAGUUCAUCUAUUACUAAUGAACCUGCUAAGACAGAAAAUAACUUCAUGGAAUUGUCUGAAUCUGCAAUUUACGAUGAUACUGGUACUGAAUCCUCCAUAGAUGGUGGUCGUCAGAGUAAAGACUUGUGGAAACAAACUACACUCAUAGAUAUGUUUGAAAGAAGUUCAAGCUAUGAAGCAGGGGGUCAAAAAACUAGCCAAAUAAAUCAAGCUUUGAUCUACAUGAUCUGCAAAGACAACAUGCCUCUAUCUUGUGUAGAAAAGGCAAGCACGGAGAAUGCACACACAGCUGAUUGUAUAAAAGAAUGCUUUGAAAAUAUUACCGAAGAGUUCACAAUAGAAAAGGAUUGCAUUUUAUCAAUCACCACUGACGUUGGUGCUAACAUGGUCACUGCAGUGAAACAAUAUUUGGGAGAUGGAAAAAGAAUUCCUUGCAUGGCGCAUUUGCUGAAUUUAAUAGUGGAUGGGGCAACAAGAGAUAAUGGACCAGUUCUACAAAUUGCCAAUCGUGUCAAAGCCAUCGUAACAUAUUUUAAACAAUCUGUAAACGCAAUGGACGAUUUACGAGCAGAGCAAGAGGGAACAAAGAAAGAGGGAGAAGUGUUAACACUUAUACAAUCAGUAAGCACAAGGUGGAAUUCUUGUCUUGACAUGUUGGAAAGAUUUAAUACAUUAUCAGCUAUUGUGGCUAAGAUUUUGGCAACCAGGCGGAAUGCACCUGAUAUGAUAACUUCUUCAGAGUUAAGUGUCAUACGAGAUCUUAUAAUGUUGCUUACCCCAUUUAAGCAAGCUAUGAAGAAAUUAGCGGCGAUCAGUACGUGA